AUGCUGAAAUCUGUGAUUCUUAUUGGAGGCCCGCAGAAAGGUGAGUGUUAAGUAAAUUACUCAUUUGCAAAUUCAUACAUGUUAAUUCCUCCAGUUCUGCUAUCUAGAACCAGAUAUCUAACUAGCUGUUAGCGAGCCUGGCUCUGAAGGGCUAGCCUAGGGGUGUAUUCAUUACGAUUCUAUUACAAAACUGUUUGCAACAGAAACCGUUUAUUCCAAACGCUGUUGAGUUCCGUUUGGUUCUUCAACGGAAGUUGUAGUUAAGUCGUGUGUCUCUUCAUAAAAAAUAAGCGGACUUCACUUAACUUCAGAGCAUGGCCGAAUCGAUAAUUGCUUGUGCCAAACACUUUGCAGACUAUUCAGAUUUGAAUAGCAACGUGUGGAAACCAUACAAUUAAAAUGAACGACAAUUAACGUUUAAGAACACAACAGCUUUUCCGUCAUGUUGAAGAGCGUUUGGAGCAAAACGUUUUGCAACAGAAUCUGCAUAAUGAAUACAGCCUAGUUGGAGGCUACUGAAUGACGUGGCGUGAUCAUGGAAAACCGCAGGUGCAGUUUGCCAUAUCUAAGCGUUUUGCCAAUAAGCGUUGUCGAAAAAGAGAAUAAAUGUGAUUGUGUGGGCUGACAGCUAGCGGUCAAGAUAGCCGAUAUACUGGCAUUAACAUUCUGUGCUAGCUAGAUCGCUACUUGAAUUGUCACAUUGAAGAAGUUGAGCGCUUUCAACUCUAGGCCAGAAUAAAAUAGAAAAGAAGAAUAGAAUAGGGGUGCUUUCAACUCCAUAUAAUAUAAUCUAGAAUAUAAUAUCAUAAUAAUAAUAAUAAUAAUAAUAAUAAUAAUAAUAAUAUGCCAUUUAGCAGACGCUUUUAUCCAAAGCGAAUUACAGUCAUGUGUGCAUACAUGUUUACGUAUGGGUGGUCCCGGGGAUCGAACCCACUACUCUGGCGUUACAAGCGCCAUGCUCUACCAAUUGAGCUACAGAAUAACUUCUUUACUUUUCCCAAGGUAACUUCUAAUUAUUUCCAGAAAGAACUGGCGUGCUGAUCGAGGAUAGACAGGUUAUCAAAAUAUAAUAUGAUCAACUGAGCAGGUGACUUGCUUUGUCAUACAGGUACACGGUUUCGACCAUUGUCCUUUGAGGUCCCGAAACCCUUGUUUCCAGUGGCUGGUGUGCCCAUGCUUCAGCAUCACAUUGAAGAAUGUGCCAAGGUAGGUUAGCACUGACAAAAUAAUCAAUCUCGCUCUGUUCAUCUUCAUCAUUGGUGGAAAGAAAUAUGGUUUGCAUUUUUCCCAUAGGUGCCAAAUAUGAAGGAGAUUUUGCUAAUUGGCUUUUACCAGCCAAAUGAAGAACUUACCAGAUUCAUGUGUAGCGCACAGCAGGAAUUCAAAAUCUCAAUCAGGUAAACGAGAGGAUCAUAGUCAAUGGAUGGACAGUAGCCUUAUUGAUAAACUUGUUGAAACUCUGUAGGUAUUUGCAGGAGUAUGCUGCUUUGGGCACUGGAGGCGGCAUCUACCAUUUCAGAGAUCAGAUUCUAUCUGGUGGCCCUGAGGCAUUCUUCAUUAUGAAUGCUGACGUGUGCUCUGAGUUUCCUCUACCAGAGAUGCUCAACUUCCAGAAGGAACACGGAGAGCCUAGCAGUUUCGUCAUCCUGGGGACAACUGUGAGGAGACUUCCAUGAUUUCUAUGGCUUGGGCCUUCAACAAUACAGGGAAAAGUUGGCCAAUGAACUGUUGGGAAUAUGCUUGAUGGAGACAUUGGGGUAUAAUUUUGUCUUUCACUUGUUUUAUUUUUCUUCUUUAUUUUGCAGGCAAACAGAAAGCAGUCCAUGAACUAUGGCUGUAUCGUGGAAAACCAGCAAACAAAUGAGGUGAUGCAGCACAUUUUAGUCACGCUUAUAUAUGAACAAUUAUGACUGUUAUUACUUGAUCCAGAAAGUAUUUACUAAUCUCUAGCUCUUAUUUCAGGUUUUACAUUAUGUGGAGAAGCCUAGCACUUUUGUGAGUGACAUCAUCAACUGUGGAAUCUACCUGUUUACCCCAGAGAUCUUCCAACACAUUGGGGCAGUCUUCCAGAAGAACCAGCAGGACAUGCUGUUGUGAGUGGGAGGGAUCCCUCAGGGACCCUAUCGUGGGAGCAUAGAGAUCCUGUAGGAUCCUAGGAUCUCUAUGCGUGGGAGUGGUGCAUGCGAAUUUGAUAAUUUCCUAUCCUUGUUUCUCCUCAUUUGUCUUUUUUCCUUUCCCCUUUCCUGCCAUCAUUCUGUUUCCCGUUUCCCAUCACCAGAUAUCCAUACGAGGGGUAAGUCGGUACAAACAGUGUGGCUUUAGAGUAGAGAUGGGCAUUAGUCAAAUACGUCACACAAAAAUAUCUGUAUCUAAAAAGCGUAUCUCUUCAUUGAGUCACAAUACUAGCACAUGGGGUGAUAGGUCAUUCACAAAGGUGCGUUUUGGAAGGUUUAUUUCCACACACUCACUUUUAUCUUGAUGUGCACUGCACAUCAUCAUCAUCACUUGUCAAGAUUGAAGGAGUUGGCAUACACAUUUAUACAAUUGUUAGUAGUAAAUCACAAGCAUAUGCACAAUCAAAUAUUUCAUUAUAAAAUGUGGACCCAUUCAAAGGGAAUGGUGUGAUAUUGGCCAUGAUAUAAGAAUAUUUUUGGACUUCCUUAUGUGUUCCAUUACUCAAGUCAACCAUGUUGCCUCUGAUCCCUCUUCUGUCAAAUUACUUUUGCUUUCAUAAUCCAUUUUAAUACUACUGUGCUUGUCAACUUUUAACAAUCCCCACUUUAUCCUUGGGCACUUGGUGAAUCCAUUACUCUUUUUGACAACUCUUCUUGGUGACUUUGGUGCUGUUAAUGACCCAUCUAAAGUCUUUCAAACUUUCUCAUGACCUUCAAGCUAGCCUUAGGUCACAAUCCAAUCGGAAGUGGUUGUGAGCUAACAUUUCGUAAACACUGUACUAGAGAAUUAUUGAGCACGCUUGUUUUGCAUUGCCCGGUGCUCUCUGUGGGUGGGUGGAGUUAUCACUUUAGAACCAAUUGAAUGGUCUAAAAUGUGGCAACUGCCCACCUGCGCCCAGAGAGAAAUAUUAAGAGCAUGGUCUCAUACAUUGGUGUCUUCCUCACAGAGACGAGCAGACCAAUGGCAACGGCUGGCAUCGGGCUGAGGCAAUUCGGUUAGAACAGGACAUCUUCACAGCCCUGGCUGGACAGGGCAAGCUCUACGUCUACAAAACACCUGCCAUCUGGAGCCAGAUCAAAUCUGCA